AAAAAAAAAAAAAGGAAGAGGAGGCGAUAAAAGCAGCCGAAGAAAAAAAAGUAGCUAAGGAAAACGAAAAAAUAGAGGCUGAGAAAAAAGCCCUGAAUAAACUUGCAUCAGAUGAAGCCUUGAAGGAAGAAGAAAGAUACCGACAAUACCUAAAACUUAUUAAUGACAAUAUUGCAAAGGAUCCUCAAUUAAAGCAAGCUUCUUUAGACUCGAGGAAAAAUAUAACCUUAGCAUUAAAUACCCUUACUAAUGAUAGGACGAAAAUAAUUGAUAUCGCUUCUCGGUUAGAUAGAAUGUUUAAAACCGCUCAAAAUAAUCAGAGACUUUAUUAUUUUCUCCUUAAUUAUACGGCAAAAGGCAUUGUGAAACAUGCUGAAGUUGAUGUAUUAUCCAAUGAAGCCGCAGCUUUUCCAUUUGCUCAUGUAUCUGUUCUAGUUUCAACAGAGCAUUCCGAUUUUAUGGAAAAAUUCAUGAUGGCUCGGUUUGUCAAAAAAUGUCCAUACGUAUUACCAAGAUAUUAUGCCAGACUUUCGAAUCAAAAUAUUAAUGAUCUUAGGAAAAAAAUGGGCUACAAACAAAAUGAAGAAGAAGACGCAUAUUUCAAAAGGAUGUGUGCAAUUCUAGCUUUGUAUUGCGCUAUAAUGCAAACUGUUCCAUUGAUUCCCAAUCGAAUUAAUCCAUAUUCAAUGGAUCAUGCAUGGAUUUGGUUGGCGCGAUUGUUGAAUUUACCACCUCAAAAAAUCACUCCAUUCCUUUUAUAUACUUUCCUCAAGGUUGCUGGUGCGCAAGUGGUACAAGUAUAUAAAGGACAAGCUACAAAAAUACUUUAUGUCAUUUUUAAAGCUUAUGUUCACCAGCCUCCUCCAGAAAUAAAAGCACUCCUAACUUCUUCUCCUGCUGCAAUGUCACGGCUAAAAACAUUUCUAGAAGAUGCAUCUCGAAAAGGAUUUAUUGAGCCUGAAGGAAGUGUUCCAAAAUAAUUUUUAAAUAAAUUGUAUCAGCAUCAAUUAACUAUUAAGACUAUAAGUUUAAAUAUAUCAUACUAUUUUAGUCAUCAUAUUAAAAUAUCACAAGCGAUUGUGAAAAAAGUGAUCGAACAUUUGUGAAUUUGUUUAAUCAUUAGAAUAUUUAGAAUAGGUCAAUUUGACUUUUUUUAUUAACUAAUAAUUUUGAUCAAAGACAAUAAUUUGAUAAGAGAAGUACUAUUAUUGCACGUUGUACAUUACCAUGAAAUACUUUCAUUUUGCAUAUUAUUUAAUCCGACAAAAUUCAUUAUACAAAAUUA